UCAUCACGAGGCGACUGAGAAGCCCUCGAGUGGCCACGUGACGUCUUCAAUGCGCGGCGAGCGACUUGGGCUACGAAACAACAACAACAACGUGCAGUAGCAGAGGUCGCAACCGGGUACCCGAUACCCGGCUACCCGUACCCGUACCCUAUCUGAUACCCGGCUACCCGUACCUGGCCGGGUACGGGUAUCCGUUUGCGACCCUGGUGCGGCCGGGUACGGCCGGGUACGGGUAAGGAAUCAAAACCCGUUUGCGACCUCUGCCCCACAGCGGAAGCACGGAAGUCGUGCGGCGCAACGGGAGUCGUGCGUGCGCUCGCCCCAUGCUCGCCCGGCCGCUGGUCGCCCCAGCCCUGCGCUCCCUGCUGACGCGGCCUCGUUGGACCGCGAGGUCUCGGUCCACGAUGCCGGCCACGGCGGCCCCCGGUGGCCCCGUGCAGGAGUCGAUCCGAGAGAAGCUGACGAGGACCCUGGGCCCCGUGCACCUGGACGUGAUCAACGAGAGCGGGAUGCACGCCGUGCCCCGCGGAUCUGAGACGCACUUCAAGGUGGUGGUGGUGUCCACGCAGUUCGAGGGCGUGCCUCUGCUAGCGCGCCACCGGCUCGUCAACGAGGCUCUGCGCGACGAGCUGGCGGGCGGUGUGCACGCCCUCUCCAUACAGGCGCGCACGCCCGAGCAGUGGGGGAGCAGCGGGGGGCGCGUGGAUCCCAGCCCCCCGUGCCUGGGGGGCUCCAAGCGCGAGGGGGGGCGGCACGGCGACGCGGGCCCAAGUUAGGGGCAGUAGCGUGAGUGUGGUUGACACGUGCCAACCUACACAAAUGGGACCUCCUGUCUAAUUCCGCUCGCCCACUUAGCCCAUUCAACAACCCACUCAAUCCCUCACCCAUUCACCCAUCCAACUACUCAACCACCCACUCACUCACUAACCACUCACUCACUCACACACUCACCCACCCACUCACUCACCUACCCACUCACUCACCCACCCACCCACUCACUCACUCACCUACCCACCCACCCACUCACUCACUCACCCACCCACUCAACUCACCCAUCCACCUCCUCACUCAUCCACCUACUCAACCACCCACUCACUCACUAACCACUCACUCACUUAUCCACUCACUCACUCACCCACCCACUCACCCACUCACACACUCACUCACCCACUCACUCACCCACUGACCCGCUCUCUCAUCCACCCACUCACUCUCUCACUCGCUCACCCACCUGUCCACUCAACCACUCUUUCACCCACUCAACCUACUCAAUCACAUGACACACCUCCACCAAUCACUUUGUGGGAAGUCGGCCGUGGUUUUUCUUUGAACAGAAUGGGGCCCCCACCAUGGCGAUGUGCGCUUUCCACCACUGGUGAAGGGGCUGCUCAUAGAGAAGAGCACCACGCAGCACUCAAUGUGAGCGUGGCGAUCAUCACUUUGACAUCCACCGCAAGUUUUGCUGCUGGCAACAGGCUACUUACACCCCCCCCCCCCCCCCCUGCCGUCUAAGGACCCUUUUGUGCUUUUUGAACUGACAACUCAAUUAAUAUUGUUAAUAAUAAUAAAAUAUUCUCACCGUACCCACGUGUGCUCCAGCAGAGGGGUCGUGUGUCCGCCUGACUGAACCCCCGUCUCUUCUCAAACUCGCCUGACCCGUUGUUAAUAUCCUCGGCUGCCCUGCGGUGAUUGUGCCCGGACCCUUAGAGCUGUCACUGGGCGUGUGAGAUGGAUCGUUUGUGGUCAACGGGGGGGAAACCCGAAACGUGGCCAGGUGUGCGGAGAAAGCCCCGUGCUCCCCUCGGGCAUCAUCGGGGUGUGCGGUAAAGCGUGUGUUUUGCUAUUUGGAGAGGGUGUCACAAAUCCCCCCGCCUCAAGGGGUAGGCAGUGAGUGAUGGACCGACUAGAAAGUGUGUGCAUGCGAGCGGUGGUGUAGCGGUUAGCGCUACGCUGCGCUAUGAACCUGGGGACCCGGGUUCGAUUCCCGCACACGGCCAACACCAGUGACGAUUAUCUGAACCGGUCCUGGGCCUCCCCUAGGUCGACUCAGCCUCAAAUGAGUACCUGGUGCGGUGUGUCGUAAACAUCGCCACUGGGGAGACAAAGGCGGUCGGGCGUGGUUCUGGCCAACCACCCCCUCGUGUACCGUUCCGGCCUUCAUAGGUGCUCGCUAACAGCAUUUGCCCCUACAGUCUGUUAAGGCUAUACGGGGGAUCUUUGUCUUUGUAGCAUAACGAACCCGGCGGCCCGAGUUCGAUUCCUGCUCACGGCUAAUGCCGGUGACGAAUAUCUGAACGGCAGAGGUCGCAACCGGGUACCCGAUACCCGUACCCUACCCGAUACCCGGCUACCCGUACCCGGCCGGGUACGGGUACGGGUAGGCCGUGAGUCACUGGUGAGUAACCGUUUGUCACUCAUUUCGGGUAGGGUACGGGUAGGGAACGGGUACCCAUACCCGGCCGGGUACGGGUAUCCAUUUGCGACCCUGGUGCGGCCGGGUACGGGUACGGGUAAGGAAUCAAAACCCGUUUGCGACCUCUGCUGAACGGGUCCUGACUCGGCCUCAAAUGUGUACCUGGUGCAUUGUGAAGACACCGCCACUAGAGAUACAAAGGCGGCCGUGCAUAGUACGUGCAUGUUCUUGCAGUAGUUGUUGUAAAGUGAUGGCGUAGUGGUUAGCGCACUGCGCUACGAACCUGGCCACUUGGGUUUGAUUCCCGCUCAAGACCAAUAACAGUGGUGGAUAUUUCAACCAGUUUUGGGCCUCCUCGAGAUAUAAUCCGUCUUAGAUGAGUACUGUAACUUGUGAGUAUCUACGCGAGUACGUUCGUCAAUAACACUGCCUUAACUGGAGAAAUGUGUGGUGUUUCGGACAAUUUUCUCUUCAUUGCGCAUCAAAAGAAGGGUCAUUGCCUGAAACGUCGUCUAUUAUAUAGUGUUCCCUUUUAAAGGCAGUUUUAUUGACGAACGUAUUGGUUUUUUUUGUAUUCGUGCACCAUUGCCAACGCAGUGCUGUAUCACCAAAUAAUGUGUAUCAGAUAAUUGUUUUUAUACCCUUUUAUCUGGCAACAAAACUGACACCUUUUUUACAAGGAGUCAUGUUUGCAUAGACCACAAUACCUGCAGUCAUAAUGCAAAAAAACCAUAACUCUGAUAAUGUAUGCACUGUCCUUGAAGUUGACUGGUCCACACCCGAGACAGCUUUCCUUAGAGCCUAGUCUCACAUGGUGUUGGACCAGAUGACGCCAAAAGGCGCACAACUCAAAGACAAUGCACCAUCAGAGUAUGAGAGCUCGGGGUAAGCAUUUACACCAUUGGAACCUCAUUUGCCAGAAGUAAAAAUAUGAUAAUUGUUUUUUUAGCCUUCUAUCUGGCAACACAACUGACACCUUUUUUUACAAGGAGUCAUUUUUGCAUAGACCAACAUGUGUAUCUGUAUAUACGUGUACGUGCCAGUAGAUGGCGCUCGGCACAAACGAUAUUAUUUGAAAGGUUGGCAUUACCACACUGGAAUUAAA